AUGAACGAUCGGCACGGCGAAUUGACAAGGCGCCGUGACCGACGGGCCUCUACACUAUCGCGGCGCACGUCGCAUCUGAAUCAAACGAGCGACGACGAUUCGGAAUUCAGUCGGCGUCCUUCGCCACUUCUCGCUGUGGAUAGUGGCUAUCGUGUGGAUCCUUUCACACCUUAUCCUGUCACCAAUCCCUCUCGCGGAGUCCGGUAUAUGGUAGACUAUUACACGCAAAUUUGGGCGCCUCAGCAAGCCUCAGCGUCUUCGCUUAUCAGUGGAAGAAAUACGCUCGUCACAUUGGUCUUACCGCUAGCACUGCAGAAUGCAAUGCUCUUUGAGGCGACCAUAGCCAUGACCAGAGCAGCUUGGGUGAUUAGACGAGGUUCAGAACCUUUCAACGACAAGAUGUUGCUUCGUCACCGAGGAUAUGCUAUGGAAGAACUUCGCAAUAGCCUCAGUGGCUCCGGUCAAUCUGUCUCUGCAUAUGUAUUGCUCACGAUGUCUACUCUCUUGACAAUGAAUUACAUGAUCAAUGAUACUGUGUCAUUCCGGGUGCAUCUGCAGGCACUAGAGAAGAUGCUGGAAUCACUGAAAUCUGAAGAGACUGAGAUUCUACAUUUUGUACGAGGUCGUGUCCUUGCAUUCGGUGUGCUUGCAUCAUUCCUUCAGGCACACCAGCCAAGAUAUGCAACCAGAAUCAACGAGCUUGGACAUCGAAUUAGCACAUUGACGUAUCCAGGUCAUCCUUUCCCUUCGGACCUCUGCGAAGUCGCGUCUAAAUUACCAGAAGGCUUCUCAGAGGUUGCGUUGAGCCGUAGCAUCGCCACCGAAUUCAUCAGCUUUCUGGCGAAGUUGACCGAGUUAGUCAAAUGGAUGCCCUUAACUCAAGCCCGGCGGGUGAAUGGUCCUCAACCGGGGCUGACGAUGCAACGAGCCAUCUAUGAUCUUCAAUGCCUGUCCGCACUGUCCCUCACAUCUGUCGAGGGACAGAUUGUACGAGCCACUUUGGCAUUUUGUUUACAUGUGUACAAUGAGUUGUCUUUUAGAAUCCCCUUGGCUCGACCGCUAAAACCGCUCUUGGAAUCUUUCAACGAGCACAAUGAGAUUCCUCGACAACCUUGGCUCCAAAGAUGUCUGCUCUGGUCUGCGAUCGUCACUGCGAGCGCCUGGGAUACUCAAGUUGAUGCGCAGCCGCGAACACAUGUUGUGCUCGAUAAGAUGAUGAGACUCUUGCCUGAAGCAAACUACUGGGAAGAAACCAAAGAAUUGAUGCAGAAGUUCUUUUGGUUGGAUAGCCUCCAAGAUCAAUGGGAGAUUUGCUGGCGUGCGGCCUACUUCAGGAAGACCCGACAGCGACGAGGAGCAUCACAAGUGGACUCAAUUUCGCAGCUGCUACAAGACAGUGCACAAAUCUCGAAGCAUCCCUCAUCGGAAGUUAGGAUCAAAACAGAGUUCUGA